UCCCUCAUCCCCUGACACCAAAAGAACAAAACAAUCAAUCAUCUUUGGACUCGUCUUAGUGCAUUGAAAAUUGUGCGCUGGAGAGUGUCGCUUUUUGAGAAAAUUGAAGAGUUCUGAUCUUCUUCAUAAACUGUCACUUCAAUUUCAACUGAUUUCAACCAGACUUUUAAAUAGGCUAUAAACUUCCUAACAAAACCGAGAAUGAAGGCCUUCAGUGUUGCAGUUGCAGUGGUGGUCGUCCUUGCAUGUAUGUUCAUCCUUGAAAGCACCGCUGUUCCUUUCUCCAAGGUGCUAACGGACGAGGUUGGAAGCAUUGACAGUCCAGUUGGGGAACAUCAACAGCCGGGCGGCGAGUCCAUGCGUCUGCCGGAGCAUUUCAGGUUCAAGCGUCAGAGCCACCUCUCCCUGUGCCGUUGGUGCUGCAACUGCUGUCACAACAAGGGCUGUGGCUUCUGCUGCAAAUUCUGAGGACCUGCCUGCAAUAAAAACCAUCUUAUUAACUUAUUGCCUUUAAUUUCCCCCCUAUUCUUCUACAUUUCCUUUGGACUCUGUGGAGAAGAUGCAAUCUCAUUGAUGUCUUUCUCACUGCAACCUCAGUCUUGUACGUUUUGUAUCAUGUUCUAUAGCAUGUUCUUUUUUUAUUUUCUAUUUUGUACAUUUUAUUUAAAAAAAAAUACAUUUUCUAGUUUGCACGUUUGCGAUGUUUUCAUUCUAGUCUAGUGACACAGGAAAAAGACAGAUAAUUGAAAUAAUCAUUUCUAUUAUGUACAUUUAGUACAUUUUUUUUGGUACAUUUUCUAGUUUGUACAUGUUGAAAUGUUUUCUUUCUGAGAUGUUGUUUUUGUAACUACGAUAAUGAUUUAUAAAAUCACUUCUUAUUGUGACACUUAAAAAAACAUAAAACACACAUUCUUUGAAUAACAAA